UCGCUCGUGUUUUGGGUCAUCAUUUCCUGCGUCUUCUCCAAAUCGCUCUUCAUCGUUCUCCAACGUUUUUCAGAUACGUGAAUCAGGAAAACUCUGAUCGUUAUCGUGAUCCACGUCGCCAUGUACAGGAAUACAGCGUCGCGGCUUAGAGUUCUUAAGAGCCAUGCUGCCCAUGGAUCACUGACCAGGUUUGCAAGUUCAAAUGCUGUUGCUACAACAUCAUCAUCUUCGGGGCUAUUUUCCUGGCUGACAGGAGAGAAGUCAAGUUCACUCCCUUCUUUGCAUGUCCCACUCAAGGGGGUUGAGCUACCCCCAUCGUUGCCUGAUCAAAUUGAGCCGGGUAAAACCAUCAUAACAACACUACCGAAUGGUGUCAAAAUAGCUUCAGAACAAUUUCCGAGUCCUACUGCUUCAGUUGGGCUGUAUGUAGAUUGUGGAUCAGUCUAUGAGACACCAUUAUCUUCCGGAGCUUCACACCUAUUAGAACGUAUGGCCUUCAAGGGCACAAAAAACAGAAGCCAUUUGCGUCUUGUGCGGGAAGUGGAGGCCAUUGGUGGGCAUGUGUCAGCCUCUGCUUCUCGGGAACAGAUUGUGUACACUUACGAUGCUCUGAAGACUUAUGUUCCCGAGAUGGUAGAAAUACUUGUUGAUUCUGUGAGAAAUCCUGCAUUCCUCGAUUGGGAGGUUAAGGAACAACUUUUGAAGGUAAAAUCUGAUAUUGCUGAAGCAUCCAACAAUCCUCAAGCGUUGCUUUUGGAGGCAUUGCACUCAGCUGGUUAUGAUGGUGCUCUAGGAAAUCCUCUUUAUGCACCACAGUCUGCAAUCAGUGGAUUGAAUAGUGAAAUACUGGAACACUUUGUUUCUGAAAAUUAUACAGCUCCUCGAAUGGUCCUCGCAGCUUCAGGAGUUGAACAUGAAGAACUUGUCAAAGUUGCAGAACUUCUUCUCUCAGACUUACCUGGUGUAGCUCGUGCUGAAGAGCCAAAAUCAGUUUAUACUGGCGGUGAUUAUCGUUGCCAGGCCGACUCUGGAGUAGCCCAUUUUGCCCUCGCAUUUGAAGCCCCUGGUGGGUGGCGUAAGUUAAAAGAUGGUGUUCUUUUGACUGUGCUUCAGAUGCUAUUGGGAGGAGGUGGAUCUUUCUCCGCAGGUGGUCCUGGAAAGGGAAUGUACUCGCGGCUUUAUCUUCGAGUUUUGAAUGAACAUGCACAAAUUCAGUCUUUUUCUGCCUUUAGCAGCAUUUACAAUAGCACUGGGUUAUUUGGAAUUCAAGCAUCCACGAGCCCAGAUUUUCUGAAAAAUGCUGUUGAUAUAGCGGUUAAAGAGCUCAUUGCAGUUGCGACACCUGGAGAAGUUGACCAGGUACAACUGGAUCGUGCCAAACAGUCAACAAAGUCUGCUAUUCUGAUGCAUCUCGAGUCCAGAAUGAUUAUAUCAGAAGAUAUUGGUAGACAAGUUUUGGCAUAUGGAGAGAGGAAACCUGUUGGGGAAUUCUUGAAAGCCAUAGAUGAGAUCUCAAUAGAAGAUGUGACUUCCAUUGCUAGAAAGCUUAUAUCUUCCCCUCUCACGAUGGCUUCUUAUGGAGACGUUCUUUAUGCUCCAUCCUACGAUGAAGUUAGCAGGAAGUUCCAUUCGCGAUGAAACUGCAUGUAAGUCGUCAUAAAUGGGGUACUGAUCUGUUCUUUUGUGGUGCUUGAUUCUUUAGGGUUGGCUUAUAUAAACCAUUGAGAUGUUAAUCGUCUCUUGAUAUAAGUUCGAAUCUCAGAAUAAGAUAUAACACUAUUUUUGUUUUUUUGGUUUGAUGACCUACCAUAUAUGUUGUUAUUAUUGUAAGCUUUGGCAGCUUAAUGGCUCCCCUCUCAAUAGACUUGUGUCACAGAUUUCAUCUGUAUGAAAUAUAUUAAUCUUUUUAAGUAAAGAGCCUUAAAGUUGUGUA